AUGGGCUACUGUCUCGAGUUUAUUUGUCUAUCUCAGAAGAAAACUCCGAAAGUAUCCCCCAAUGCAUCUCGGAUGCUAUCCACAAUAGAUCUCAAAGCAGCAGAUCACGCACUUGCACGUUUAGCUCAAGCCCAGCUCUAUCCAUAUGAGCUUGCUCUGUUGAACUGUUCAACGAGAUGUGAGAAUGACCUCAAGUCAUCGCCACUCAAAUGGUUAAAACCGUUCAUGUGUGAAAACGGUCUGAUUCGAGUUGGAGGUCGCCUGUCUAACUUUGAUCUUCCUGAAGACACGAAGCAUCCAAUUGUCAUCUCCGCAAAUCAUCCGUUGGCAGAGAUAAUCGUGACUUACUACCAUAAAUUGCUCUUGCAUGCUGGUCCCCAGCUAAUGCUCUCAACUAUUCGUCAAAAAUACUGGAUAAUUGGAGCACGAAACCUAGUCCGCCGUGUUUAUCAUCGAUGUAUCAAAUGUUUUAGGCAAAAACCAGUUUUGAUCCAGCAAACCACAGCAGACUUACCGAAAUCCCGAGUGUCACCAUCCCGACCGUUCUCAGUUAGUGGCAUCGAUUAUUGCGGUCCCGUAUAUUUGAAAUCCGCAGUCCGCAGACACGGACCAGUCAAGGCAUACAUUGUUAUCUUUGUCUGCUUCACAACGAAGGCUGUUCAUAUUGAACUGGUCUCUGACCUGUCGACAUCAGCUUCCCUAUCAGCUCUCCGGCGGUUCGUAGCUCGUCGUGGUCGUAUCCGUGAACUACAUUCCGACAAUGGAACCGUAUUUAAAGGGGCAUCCAACCACCCACAUCACGUGUUUGAAAUGCUAAAAUCGAAUGGAACCGAACGAGAUCGAAUUGUCGCCUGGUGUGGCGACAACGAAAUUGAGUGGAAAUUCUCACCACCUCGAGCCCCCCAUUUCGGAGGGUUGUGGGAGGCCGCAGUAAAAUCUGCCAAGUACCAACUUCUGCGAGAAAUAGGCCACACAAGUAUCAGCCAGGAGGACAUGAUUACUCUGCUAGCACAGAUUGAAAUGUGCUUAAACUCGAGACCUUUAACACCGAUUCCUGGUGAACCCACUGACCUCGAAGUGUUAACACCAGGCCAUUUUCUGGUCGGCUCAAACAUGCAAGCAGUUCCCGAGCCGAGUCUUAUUCACACUUCGGAGUCCCAUAUAAACCAUUGGCAACGAACGCAGAAAAUCUUCCAGCGCAUUUGGGCACGCUGGUAUCCGGAAUACCUAGCCCAACUACAAUCCCGUGCGACAAAAGGUUGCAAGCGUCCUGUUCCAAUUGAAAGGGGACGCAUAGUCGUUAUCAAAAUGAUAAUCUACCACCUGCGAAAUGGCCCUUAG